AUGGCUUAUAGUUAUGAUAAACUUCUGGCCAAGUUUAACUCCUACCACAAGGCUGCUGAACAAUCCAAUGGAGCUGCUCCUUGUCAUCAUAUUGCAAAUGAGGAUGUUGACAUGCUCUGCUUUGACAUGCCUUUUGCUUAUAUCUAUGUUACAGACAUGGGGAUAGUCGAAGAGCAGGUGGUUGUUGCAACUGAGGAGGACGGUGCCAAGGAUGGCGCAACUAAUGAAGUGGCGGCAAACUUGGCUGAGCAGGUAGCUAAGGUUGAUGAGCAAAUGGCCGCAUCUGAUGAGCAGUAA